AUGCCCGGCACGAAGGAUGGUGAGAUCAACACUCGAUACACACACACACGUACACGCAGUUUGGCACUCUUUGGUCCCCAAGUUUGCCGGUCUCGCAUUCAGUAUUUCGGCUUGGCAGGAGGUCCAGUUCGGCAUCGCCAACACGCCCCAGACUUUGAUCUUGGAAGGGGUCGAUAUGGAGGGGGCAGGCGGGAGCUAGAAGAAGGCUUGACCUCUUUAUUCAUGCAGCUUCUCUCCAUCAACAGGGCCAUCAACAUGCGCCGGUUCUUUGUCCGGAGGCUGCUUGCCGGGGUGUACGGCCUGGGUGCUGAUCGGUCGGUGAAAGAACGCGCUAUCAGCGGUAGGUGGCCGUUGUCACGGUCCUUCUCGAAUUUCCUGACAUUCACUACAACGCCCUAUCAUCAAUCAGGAAGAAGACUGGACAACAGAUCUUGGAUCAACCAAGCUUCUUAUCGAUAUGCCAAGACCCGACAUGUUCUCGAUUGUCUCUGGGACAGGGGUACGUCUCUGCAACCAACACCAAAGGAAUCAAGUUUGCGUGUCUCCUCGAACCGAUAUCCCAUACACUGUUUUCCGCAUCUGAGCACUGUUUGCGAAUGGCGCAUCCUGCAUGCCAUCCAAGAACGGGUCAGCUUCACGGCAAGAAGGUUACCGGUGUGUGCUGUGGUACACGGUGGCUUGGUAAGUUUAGGUUGUGCCACCCCAUCUCUUGUUACACAGGCAUGA